AUGACGUCUAAUGUCUCAGGACGGAAAAUUUUAAAUAAAAUUUGUAGCAUAUUAACAUCGGAUCAAUCUGUGAAUAUUGACGAAACGGUAUUCAAUUUUCAAGUGGUUAUAAUACCUAAAGGUGGCAAACCUAAACCAUCUUGGGAAUACUUGGAUCUUUUUACCAAAAACAAAAAAUGUGUAAUUCAAAUUAAUAAUGAAGAUGAAUUGUGUUGCCCCCGUGCUAUUAUAGUGGGAUUAUCGUACAAGACUGACGUUAUAUUGGGACAUAAAUUAACCGAUAGCCAAAUAAAAGACCUACGGCAUGGUAGAAAUAAUAUUCAAACACGUUUCACAAAAGAACUAUGUCAAAAAUUAGAAAUAUAUGAUAACAGACCAUUUACAUACCGCGAUAUAGAAAAUAUAGAAACAUUUUUAAACAUUCAAGUAAAAGUCGUGAAUGUUGAUAAUUUUUGUGAAAUUGACUACUCGGGUAAAGAAAAUAGAAUUAAGAUUUACCUAUUAAAAAAAAAUGAACAUUUUAAUACGAUUUAUUCCAUGUCAUCAUUUAUGGAGCGUGUGUACUAUUGUGAAUUAUGUGAUACGGGGUAUAAUAAUAAAACUAAGCACGUCUGUAAAAAAGGACCAUGGCUAAAGUGGAAUCUAUGUAACGAAGACUAUCACAUCCAAGACCUUAGAAAAGAAAAACAAUUUUGCCAAGAGUGCGAUAUUGUGUUGAUAUUGAAUGUUUGA